AUGGAAAACGGAAUAUAUCUUGAAAACACUUUGUCCAAAGCGUUUGAACUUUUUUUACGGAAAAUAAAUCUUGAUCGAAAUCCUGAUAUUUCUUCAAUAAAAUCAUUUCAAGAUCAUAAAGAUUCUAUUCAUGAUCUUUGCGGAAUAUUAUUUGAAAAAUUUCAUUUACUCUUAGCUGCUUCAAGUGAUCUUUAUUUAUGGAAUAUUGCUAAUAGAAAAUAUUUAUGGACAUUUUUGUUUCCUAAUGAAAUUCAUUCAAUAUGUGCAUCAUCAUUUUCUACAACAAUUUAUUAUGGUACAGAUAUUGGUACAAGUUUUAUUGUUUCAUCACGAACAUUAACAAUACAAGUAAAUUAG